AGAGAUUUAGCGGAGGGAGAGGAAGAAGCCGGUCACGAUCUGGUAGGCUGAUGGUUAAGUUGUGAGGUCUAGCAAUGGUCUUCGGCCUCUUACCUCUUGACUGCCGGAGGAUUGUAAGGCAUUUCGGGCCACGGUAAUCAUCUCUGUACUCGUAAAUCCUUAAAGGAAAAGACGAGCAGGGGCAAUCGAAACUCAAAAGGCAACCCAGCGAAGAAAUUCUUAAGAGUUUGAAAGGAUGGGAAGCAGAGCACUGUUUACAAGUUUAUCAUCAUGUGUAUGUGUAUGGAACAGAAAAGGCAUCAGCUUCGGCUUCUCAAAAGUAGUUGUUGUUGGCAACAACAAGAGUGAGCUCCGAAGCUGCUCGACGACCACAACACGCUCCUCCCUUGGACCUCCAGAUGUGCACCGUUUGGCUGAAACUGCUCGAAUCUCUCUCACGCCAACUGAGGUUGAAGAAUUUGCUCCCAAAAUCGGACGAGUCAUAGAUUGGUUUGGACAACUUCAAGAUGUUGAUCUUGAUAGCAUUGAGCCUGCCAUCAGAGCAGAUACUGAAGGCAACAAUUUACGUGAUGAUAUCCCUGAAACAUUUGAGAAUAGGGAGGCCAUGAUUGCUGCUGUUCCAAGCUUUGAGGAACCAUACAUUAGAGUUCCCAAAGUCUUGAACAAGGAGUGACAUUUAUUAGCUACGACCUUGUAUGGCAGGACAGUGAUUGAAACUAGGAAUUCUCGUGGACCAGAUUUGAAGAGUUUGGAGCAUUGGAUUUGUAGAACAUUCGUUAUUUUUGGAUCUGUCGUUGAAUAAGUUUGUAUUUUCUGAGGUUCUAGAAGUAAGAGUUAAAUACUUCAUUUUUUUUUUUUUUUUUUUUUCCUUUCAUGGGGCAUCAAUGCCUUGUUGAAUAUCUUGUGAUAAGACCAAUAUCAGGGGUAAUUGAAACUUCACUGACACAUCAAAUAUCGACACUCCUCAUUUAGAAUCAAUAGAGCUCUCUGAGAGUAGUGUAUAUAUAUGGUGCACUUUGACUGUUUUGGAGCACUUGACAUCUACUGGUUUGCUGUUGUAUGCAUAUGGUGUAGCUUCUGGCUAA